AUGUUCUUGCAGAUUUUCUUCCUGAUCCUAGCUGUGGUAGCGUGGAUGGGUCUUUCAUCGCCGAUCCAUACAAGAUACAAACGUGCAGUGGUUUCAGGAAGGUAUCGCUACCGUCGGUCACCGAUUCAGCAGUACGUGAAGGGACACAAGGCGGACCCUCAAGCUGGCUCAGCACCGUCUUCACUGGAGAUGAAAGUGAAGAAAGGCGAGUAUGUCUGCGGCGACAAGAUCUGCAAAUUGAAGCCCGGGGAGAUACCCAAGGGCUGUAAUGGAAUUUGUCAGUACCCGAUAUGA